AUGGCGGCCGUUCGCGCCUUUACCAGGGAGCUGUGUAGUGAAGCAGCCCAGAUUCCCCUUAUGGCCAAAUCGGAGGUCCGUCCAUGCCGGUCAGAGCUGGGUCCCUUCUCCGGUCAGCUGUGCCGUCCGAGGAGAGAAGCAUCCACAAGCUGGCUUAUGUGGAAAACUAGAGUAGCAGGAGAGACACAAGGCAAGAGGGGAAAAUGUGAGCUAACAGCCGAGUUGUGCAUGUCUUUUAAGGACCGAGCCGUAAGAGAGGCAGCGAGGCAGGGAUGGGAAAGAAGGGAGUCAGGGAAGUUUGGCUCUCUUGUUCUGGAUUGUACCCCAUUCCCACAUGGUGUCAUUCGACCCUUCUUGAAGUACUCUGAGUUCCUGGAGGAGCUGAAAAAGGAGCUGCUCAGACUGAACUUCCACCCCAAAUCUAAUGAUUUGUACAAGUUCCAACAGUCAGAGGAUCUAAAGAGCAGAAAGGAAUCCCACGUCAGUGCUCUUAGACAUCUCUUAUAUGAAGAAUUCCGUCACUUUCUCUCAGAAAUUACAGGCGUUGAUCUUGAGAAUACCACUGAUAUUUCUUGUGCGCAAUACACAGAUACUCUGCUUUGUCAUGAUGAUGAAUUAGAAGGAAGAAGAUUUGCUUUCAUCCUGUACCUUGUUCCUGAUUGGGCAGAGAAAGAUGGCGGAUCCCUGGAUCUGCAGGACACAGAUGAGCAAGGACAUCCUGGAUCCAUCAAAAAGUCUCUUCUUCCUACAUGGAACUCUCUGGCUUUCUUUGAGGUUUCUCCUGUCUCUUUCCAUCAGGUUUCUGAAAUUUUGUGUGAGGGAAAAUGUCGUCUGUCAGUCAGCGGAUGGUUUCAUGGAGUUUCCUUGGAAAGACCUCCACGUAGCUUAGACCCCAGGGCAAGUCGUACCCCACACAUUCCUCAUGAUCAUGAGAUUUUAUAUGAGUGGAUCAAUGAAGUUUAUCUGUCUGUUGAUUCUCAAAGUCAGAUCCAAGAGGAAUUUGAAGACAGUUCUGAGAUUCUUUUGAAAAACUUCCUGAAGCCAGAAAAAUUCCAAGCUGUAUGUGCAGCUCUCGACAAGAACAACAUUGAAUGGCAGUUAUAUGGGCCCCCAAACAGAAGGUGUUAUGAGCGGGCAGGGGAUGUUCUGUCAGAUGUUCUGAAGUGUUGCAUGGAGCUCCUGAGAUCUGAAGCAUUUUUCCUACUGCUCUCCAACCUCACUGGCCUUAAGCUUCACUUCUUAGCUGAUAAUGAAUCUGAUGAAGAGGAGGGAUCUGCGGCUCUUUUGCAGGGAGCAAACGCAGAAGGAAGUCCAUCUGAUGCUACCGUACAAGGUGAGCAUGUUCCUACGUGUAGUGGUGAGCUCAGACGCUGGUCACAUGGCCACUACACCAUGAUUCAUGACCAUGAUCCUGAGAGGCAUGAGUUUGCACUUGAUUUGUUGCUUUUCUGUGGAUGUGAAGACUGGAAAUCGGAGUAUGGAGGAUUUACUUCAUACAUUGCUAAGGAAGAAGAUGAGGAGUUGCUCACAGUUUACCCAGAGGACAACUGUUUGGCAUUGAUUUACAGGGACAAAGAAACAAUGAGAUUUGUAAAGCACAUUAACCACAAGAGUCUGCAGCGGGAAGUAAUUCAUCCAAACCGAAAAGGAUUCUGGGACUUUGCUUUUGUUUAUUAUGAGUAAGAACUCUAAAUGAAUUGAGAUUUUGGACACUAAAAGGAGUGACUAAU